GGCCGCCAUUACCUCAGCGGCGAACCCUCCUCCCUGCCUGCCCCGUAGCUGUUGCGGGGCCGUGAGUGGGUGCUGUGGCACGCCUCUUUUCGCUGGUGCAACGCAUGCGUGUUAGGAAAAGGAGUGUAAAGAUUGAGUAAUACAUAGAAGAGGCCCACUUCAGGUUUCUAAUACCCUGAAGAUUAACAUUUAUCAUGCUGAGAUUUGGACAGCACCUUAUCAAACCCUCUGUGGUCUUCCUAAAGACUGAGCUCUCCUUCGCUCUUGUGAAUCGGAAGCCAGUGGUCCCAGGACAUGUCCUUGUUUGUCCUCUGCGGGCAGUGGAACGUUUCCGGGAUUUGUGUCCUGAGGAAGUGGCUGAUUUGUUUCGUACGGCACAAAGGGUGGGCAACGUGGUGGAGAAACACUUCUGUGGCACCUCGCUCACCAUUUCGAUUCAGGAUGGCCCUGAAGCUGGACAAACGGUGAAGCAUGUCCACGUCCAUGUCCUUCCAAGGAGGGCCGGAGACUUCAGGAGGAAUGAUGAUGUGUACGAGGAGUUGCAACGACAUGACAAAGAGGAUUCCCCUGACAAGUGGAGGACAGAAGAAGAAAUGGCAGCUGAAGCAGCAACCCUGAAGAAGUAUUUUCAGGAAAAUUAAAGGUAACAAAGUGUUUGAAAAACAUCCUGCGACAUAAGAAAUUCCCCAGAAAGGAAGACCUCAUUCUCCAGCUCUCAGCGGCCCUGGAGCUGCAGCUGAGCAAUUUCAUUCUGUUCUACAAAUAUGGGAUUCUUCCUUGAAAAAAUUUUAUUGGACAUUUGGGUAUCAUCAAGGUUGAAUUUCAGCUAAGACAACUAACAGAACUGAUUCAAAAUAUUGUUCUAAGUGGUAACGCAUAUUUUUCCGAAUUGUGUGCUUGGGAACGAAUCUCUUUUUAAAUUGUCCCUUGGCCUAAAUUGAACUAAAGUUCUAGGAAAAUCGUGUAGCAACUGUGUUUGGGUACAUUACAAAGUGUUUACUCCAUGUUGUACUUUUUCAGAUUAGGUUAGUGAGCAACUGUGUCAUAGAAAAAUUAGAUAUGUUAGCAUAAUGAUAAUUCAUUUAAAAAAAUAAAGCUUUGCAACAGACUAGCCAAGGAACUUGGAAAGCUACCAUUUUGUCAAGUAAGGUAGUGUCACAAGA